CAGAAAACCAGUGUUGUCCAGGACUGUCACAUUCAUUCUGUUUCCUCAUCUUUCAGUGUGAUCUCUGUGGUUUGAAAAUCCCAUAUUUUGAGUGGGUUCCACUGUUGUCUAAGGAAAGUUGUUUUAAACCUUUGCUUUGCACGCACCAGAAGAGAACUCAUAAAAAGGAAGACAACAGCAGAUGCAAUCGCGGAUGUGGCUUAGUCCUUGCAGCUGCCCCUGAGAGCUGUGUGGAGCGUACAGUCCUCAGUAAUGAAUCCAGAAGAGCGAAUCGUGACAUGGCUUAUCUCUCUGGGAGUUUUAGAUUCUCCCAAAAAGACCAUCUGUGAUCCGGAGGAGUUCUUGAAGUCCUCGCUGAAAAAUGGGGUAGUGCUGUGCAAACUUAUCAACAGACUUGUUCCUGGCUCUGUGGAAAAGUAUUGUCUGGAGCCCCAAACCAAAGCAGACUGCACCAACAACAUCAAUGACUUCCUGAAAGGAUGUGCAGCACUUCAAGUGGAGGUAUUUGAUCCUGACGACCUUUAUUUGGGGGUCAGUUUCUCCAAGGUUCUGAGUACCCUUUUAGCUGUCAACAAAGCAACAGAAGAUCAGCUCUCAGAAAGACCAUGUGGACGUUCCUCUUCUCUUAGUGCUGCCAAUAGUUCUCAGACAAACCCACAGGGAGCAGUUUCUAGCACAGCUCCAGGGCUGCAAAGGCAGUCCAAGGCAGUGGAGAUGACAGAAAAUGGAAGUCACCAGUUGAUAGUAAAGGCAAGAUUCAACUUUAAGCAGACUAAUGAAGACGAACUGUCAGUCUGUAAAGGGGACAUCAUUUACGUCACUCGAGUUGAAGAAGGUGGCUGGUGGGAAGGCACAUUAAAUGGGAGAACAGGCUGGUUCCCUAGUAAUUAUGUCCGAGAAAUUAAAUCCAGUGAGAGACCUCUCUCCCCUAAGGCUGUCAAAGGACUUGAAACUGCUCCACUUACCAAGAAUUACUAUGCUGUGGUGUUACAGAACAUCUUGGACACUGAAAAAGAGUAUGCUAAAGAACUUCAGUCUCUUCUUGUUACUUACUUAAGACCCCUGCAGUCCAACAACAAUCUGAGUACUGUGGAGUUCACAUCUUUAUUGGGAAACUUCGAAGAAGUAUGCACAUUUCAACAGACGCUCUGCCAAGCCUUAGAAGAAUGUUCCAAGUUUCCAGAAAACCAACACAAAGUAGGAGGUUGUCUACUGAACCUGAUGCCUCAUUUUAAAUCCAUGUAUCUGGCUUACUGUGCAAACCAUCCUUCAGCGGUAAACGUGCUCACACAGCACAGUGAUGAUCUGGAUCAAUUUAUGGAAAGUCAAGGUGCCUCCAGCCCAGGUAUCCUCAUUUUAACAACAAGCCUCAGCAAACCAUUCAUGCGACUGGAAAAGUAUGUUACUCUCUUGCAAGAGCUGGAACGGCAUAUGGAGGAUACUCAUCCAGAUCAUCAGGAUAUUCUGAAAGCAAUCAUAGCAUUCAAAACGCUCAUGGGACAGUGCCAAGAUCUGAGGAAAAGAAAACAGCUGGAGUUGCAGAUACUUUCUGAACCUAUUCAGGCAUGGGAAGGGGAGGAUAUUAAAACCUUGGGCAAUGUGAUUUUUAUGUCACAAGUAAUGGUGCAGUACGGAGCAUGUGAGGAAAAAGAGGAGCGGUACCUCAUGUUGUUUUCAAGUGUUUUGAUAAUGCUAUCUGCAAGUCCUCGGAUGAGUGGCUUUAUCUAUCAGGGAAAAAUAUCAAUAGCAGGAAUGGUGGUGACAAGAUUAGAUGAAAUUGAGGGGAAUGACUACACAUUUGAAAUCACAGGUAACCUAACAGAGAGACUUGUGGUCCAUUGCAACAACAGUCAGGACUUACAGGAAUGGCUGGAGCAGCUCUGCAGACUGACCCGAGGACCUGCCUCUUGCAGUUCGUUAUCCAAAACCUCGUCAUCAUGCAGUGCUCAUUCCUCUUUUAGCUCUACUGGACAGCCCCGAGGACCCUUGGAGCCUCCUCAAAUUAUAAAACCGUGGAGUUUAAGUUGUCUACGACCUGCACCUCCACUUAGACCAUCAGCAGCACUAGGUUAUAAAGAGAGGAUGUCUUAUAUCUUAAAGGAGUCUAGUAAAAGUCCGAAAACGAUGAAGAAGUUUCUUCAUAAAAGAAAGACCGAAAGAAAACCAUCAGAGGAGGAAUAUGUAAUUAGGAAAAGUACAGCUGCUCUGGAAGAGGAUGCUCAGAUUCUCAAAGUGAUCGAAGCCUACUGUACCAGCGCAAAUUUCCAACAAGGUACUCGCAAAGAUUCUGUUCCACAAGUCUUACUCCCUGAGGAAGAGAAACUCAUCAUUGAAGAAACCAGAAGUAAUGGCCAGACGAUCACUGAAGAAAAGAGCCUCGUUGAUACUGUUUAUGCCUUGAAGGAUGAGGUCAAAGAACUGAAGCAGGAGAAUAAAAGAAUGAAGCAAUGCCUGGAAGAAGAAUUGAAAUCAAGAAGGGACCUAGAAAAGCUGGUCCGGAGGUUGUUGAAGCAAACGGAUGAGUGUAUUCGGGCUGAGUCCAGUAGCAAGACCUCGAUUCUUCCAUAACCAUCACUGUGCAGCUGGGCAGAGUGUGCCUUCAGGGCAUCUGGAAAUGUCCAGAUGAGUGAUUUGACUCAGUUUGCUCACUUCUUUGGUUUUUAUUUUGUGUUUGAGUCUCUAUCUCUCUCUGUGUCCCUCUCCCAUCUCUCCCUCCCUCUCUCUCUCUUAUUUCUUUCUCUGUAUGUGUGUGUGGUAUCUUUGCCUGGGUGUUUGUUGUUUGGUUAUUAGUUGGUUGUUUUGUUUUUAAACAGAGGAAAAAGCAAGAGGUGGUGGUAGAAGUCUCCCCAGAGUCUUUUCCAUUCAAUAAGAAAAGGAAAGCUAAUGCAGGCCAAUGACUUUAAAUGGUCUUCAGAUGGCCUUCAAUUCACAGUGCCUCUGCAAAACCAUUGUCUCAGGUCACUCUUGUUGGGCUCAGCUGCUGUCCCAAAGUGGCUGGCCAUGGUUGGUUAAGUGUGAACCCAAAUUUUCCCCCCAAACUUUCCUAUACCUGGAAGCCCCUCAGUACCUAAUGUGCUGAAGGCAAAGUGUCCUGGGCUAUGACUAGAGUAGGAUGAAAGACAAACGUAUUUGCCUGAAUGAUCCCGCUGCCCUUCCCUAGCCCAUCCCGUGCCACCUCUCAGUGCAUACCUUUUUUUGAUUACUCCCUAUGUUGUCUGUUAGAAGAAAACAACAGUGCCCUUAUUCCUUUUUUGUUGGUUUACAUUUUAACUCAGUGGGGCAGAAGUUUUGGUCGUUCAAGCCAAUGCCAAAUCCCUUAGCAAAUCGCACUAAGCAGCCCUUCCCUCAGCAGCAGAGUUGACCACCUCUUCAUAGUGCAUGAUGGGCUUUUUUCUUAGCCUUCUGACUAGCGUGUAAGUUUUGUACUUCCCGUGCUUUUACCAACCAUA